CAACCUUUGCCAGAAAAUUCAGCUCCUGAGACCGUGAUAGCGAUGCUGAAUGUCAAAGAUUUAGAUUCGGGGAAAAAUGGUCAGGUUAGAUGUUUAAUUAAUCCUAGUUCACCAUUCCGAAUCAGACAGUCAUCAUCAAAUUUCUAUAGUCUGAUCACUGAUCAGCUUUUAGACCGUGAAAAAAUGUCUGAAUAUAAUAUUACAAUAACAGCUAUUGAUGAGGGCUCGCCAUCUUUCUCUUCUAAUAAAACAUUAACUCUAAAAAUCUCUGAUGUUAAUGACAACGCCCCUGUUUUUCAGCGUCAGUCAUACACCUCAUAUGUGAUGGAAAAUAAUUCGCCCGGAGUCUCUGUUUUAUCUGUUAAAGCGCAUGACAAAGACUCAGGCAAUAACGCGCGUAUUUCAUAUUUUCUAGAGGAUUUUCUUGUGAAUGGUGUCCCUGCAUCGACGUUUAUUUCAGUGAAUGCAGAGAGCGGAGAGAUUCUUGCUGUUCGUUCGUUUGAUUAUGAGCAAACAAAAGAAUUUAACAUUCGCGUAAAAGCGCAGGACGGAGGAAAUCCUCCUCUCAGCAGCAACGUGAGCGUGAAAAUAAUGAUUCAGGACCAAAAUGACAACGCACCUCAGGUUCUGUAUCCGGUCCAGUCAGGCGCUUCUGUGGUGGCUGAAAUAGUGCCUCGUUCGGCAGAUGUGGGUUAUCUGGUGACUAAAGUGGUGGCUGUUGAUGUGGACUCUGGACAGAAUGCCUGGCUCUCAUAUAAACUGCAUAAAGCCACAGACAGGGCGCUGUUUGAAGUGGGCUUACAGAAUGGAGAAAUAAGAACUAUACGCCAAGUGACAGAUAAAGAUGCUGUGAAACAAAGACUCACUGUUGUAGUGGAGGACAACGGGCAGCCCGCUCGAUCAGCUACAGUCAAUGUUAACGUGGCGGUGGCUGACAGUUUUCCUGAAGUGCUCUCGGAGUUCACUGACUUCACGCACGACAAGGAAUACAACGACAACCUGACUUUCUAUCUGGUCUUGGCCUUGGCUGUAGUUUCGUUUCUCUUUAUCGUGUCUAUCAUUGCUAUACUGUCAGUCAAAUGCUACAGAUGGAGACGCGAGAAGAUGUUUUACAAAUCUGGAGCGAAUCUACCAGUUAUUCCGUAUUAUCCGCCUCUUUACGCAGACGUAGGGAGCACAGGAACUUUACAGCACGUGUACAAUUAUGAGGUUUGCAGAACCACUGACUCCAGAAAGAGUGAUCAGAAAUACGUCAGACCUUGCAGUGAGAGCAUCAUUAGUCUGGACAGCAGUGGAACACAGACACUCACGCAUGCGCAAAGAGGAAAACUGAAUAUUGACGAUUCUUUUGAUCAGGUGAGCUCGAGUGAAUGGGUAUGAAUAUGACUUGCUGAUGUCUAUUUAUUUAUUGUUUUUCUGGCUUUAUCUUUUGUAUCGUGCACUGUAUUUUAUUAUUAUUAUUAUUAUUUUCUUAAGUUUAAAAAGCUAGCAGCUGUAGUUGAAAUUUAUUGUACCGAUAGCAUGUUUUUUUUUUUUUUUUUUUUGGUUACUCUACAUUUUUCACACUUUUUCCAUAUCAAAAUCAUAUCUUUUAAAUAUUUUAUAGGAAAUUACAUGCAGACACAGUUUCUUUUUCUCCCCAGUUGUGCUAAGAGGUUUUUAUUGUGCAUAUGUGCGCAUGACCAAGUCUCACUGAAUCGUACUUGUAUUAGGGCUGUAUUUUAGUUUAUGCUUUGCUUUUGACUAUUUUCCUUUCCUUCUGUUUUUAGAUGUUCAGUUCAAAACAUAGUUUCAUUAAUAUUUUAGCAAGAUUUUGCCUUAAUGUAAAGUAUAUACUACUUUGGUCGCAAUUCGUCCAUUUUCUAUAUUGCUCUUUAACCUUUACAUUUAGUAAUUUAGCAGACACUUUUAUACAAAGCGACUUACAAAUGAGGACAAUGGAAGCAAUCAAAAUCAACAAGAGAGCAAUGAUAUGCAAG